CAGUGCUACUUUGCAAUGAAAAUAAGAGCAGGGCUCCUCGGAUUUGGGGGUUUGAGGCGAAAUAGACAAUGAAAUUGGCGUUUUGUUAGCUUCUUGUAGUGGGCUCGUGUUCAGAGACAAGACACGAGGUUUUUUUUGGAUUACUUUUUCCUUCCCAUUUUCUUUAAAAGCCAUUUCGUUGUGUUACAAAUGCAUUUUGCGCAAGAUAACACCCAGAAUGUUGAAAGUCCGCUUUUUUAUUUAACAUUUAAGCUGUAAAAUCAAAACGAAUGAUGUUUUUAUCGACGCGGUGUGUUUUAAGGCAUUGUUUAUGUUAAAAACUAACAGACAAAAGCAGCGAUACGGCUCGUAGCUAUAGUUAUACAAAGUUUCAUUAGUGUGUAGGCUACUGUUUUUGUCUAAAUGAUGCUUAAAGCUCAACGGCGUUUUCCACACAAACUUCGAAAACUUUCCGUAACUGAUGUUCGAUAAGAAAACGCGUAGGCAUGGCAACGCGCUGAACGUUACACUUCAUUUUCCAGAUACAAAGAGGCGCAGGUUGUUUACAUCACAGGCUGCAGACCUUAACUGGCUUUUAUCGGUAUUUUGCGGUUGUGUUAAAAGGCAGGUAGCGAAAAAGAUGUAUUUCUGUUUCAUUGCUUGAACUUUUCUUCGAGGCGAUGGAGACGUGAAGCAAGUUUCGGAGGAAAAGUUUAUGAAUAGCGAAACGUAACUUUUGUGAAGGAAUGCUUCAGCGCAGACAACAGCAAUACUGAUCAAGAAUAGCGGUGUGGUCACCACUUGCAUCCUGGAUCAUCUAUACCUGUGAGGUCUUCUGAGAAAAGGGAAUUACGGGACAGUGCAUUUCAUAAGCAACGCACGUACAGACAACAUAGCGCGAAUAAACUUUGUGAGCACUGCAGGAAACAUGGAAUGAUUCCCAGGCCAGAAUGGAUGUGGAAUAAAGGAUACCUCAGAGGAAAAGGGCUCCUCAGGGAAUGGUCUUUUGAUUACUCUGCCAACUCUGUUAUCUGCCUCCUUGUUGGAAUUGAGCGUGAUAAUGCUAUAACCCAAUGUUUAACAGAGAUAUGGUGCGGAAAAAGAAUCCCCCUUUGAGAAGCUUUGGCGGUGAGGAAGAGGAGGGUGAGGUGGUGGCUGCCGAGGCCACGGGCCCAGAAAACGGAAACACAGGGAGCCAGGCCUCUGAGCCCGAUAGGCCGAUGGGUGAAGAGCAGGAAGAGCCGUCCUCCCCUGGCCCCAUCAAACCCGACAGGCCUGACUUGCAUUACUCCAUCCACAAAGAGGCUGCCAACGCAGUGUCCUACCCCAGCCUUGAGGGCUCUGAUACCGGGUUGCUAGACUCCGCCACAUCCAUGAUGCAGUCGGAUCAAGACGAGGAAGGGGACCGAGCGCAGAGUGUGGCUAGAGAAAUUGAGGAUGACCGGAAUGGUCUAAGGCCUAUCACCCGGUCAGGCUGCGUCAUUGUACAAAGCUGCACCAGUAAUGGAGAUGAGAGGGACUCCACCCACAGCCCACCAGCUUUGUUAGGCUUUGACAGCCCUCGUGGAGCUGGUGUAGAAGGCUCCAAAGUCCCACCUGUUACACUUCAUCCACAGAGGCACAUAGGGGGAGUAGAGGAGGCCCCUAGUCCUCUGGGAGCUGAGACAGGAGCUCCCCCACCCUCCUCACCCAAACUGCAGGACUUUAAGUGCAACAUUUGUGGGUAUGGUUACUAUGGCAAUGACCCCACAGACCUGAUCAAACACUUUCGUAAGUACCAUCUUGGCCUGCACAACCGGACACGUCAGGACGCAGAGUUGGACAAUAAGAUCCUGGCACUACACAACAUGGUGCAGUUCACAGCCCAGACACAGACCAAAGACUCAGCGCGGCCCCUCGGCCAGUCAGCUCAGAGCGGCUCUGCAGCAGAAGCACGGUCACCCGGUUCCUCUGUGCUUAACGGUACCUAUGACAUACAGGUUACGUUAGCUGGCACUUUCAUCGGAAUUGGGAGGAAGACACAGGAUUGUCAAGGCAACACCAAGUACUUCCGUUGUAAGUUCUGUAACUUCACCUACAUUGGAAGCUCCUCAGUAGACCUAGAGCAGCAUUUCCUGGCCACGCACCCUAAUAAGAUGAAGAGCCCACCUCCAUCCAACCCCAACCUUGAGGAGAAGUCUUCUGAGCAGAAGGGGAAUGGCAUGCCAUGCAUAGGGGCAGAUGAGCAGGGAAAGUGGGCUGAUCGAGUGGCGGUGAGGGCAGAAGAUGACUCUGUAGCUGGAUACUCCAUGCCAAUCAGUGCAUCAGACUCCCCAAGCCACACUGGAGUCGACAACUCAGCUGCGUAUUACUGGUGUAAGUAUUGUAGUUUCAGCUGCGAAGCCAACAGCACGUCUAGGCUUCUGGAGCACUAUGAAAAGAGACACGGUCAGGCGGCCAUCAGGGAGGGAAGUCCAGGGGACAGGGACAGAAAGGCCUGCGACGGAGACUCCCAUUUACGGAAGAAGGAACACCAGAGUGGGAAAACCGGGACGGCAGGUGACCCAGAAACAGUAGUAACCAGUUACAACUGUCAGUUCUGUGACUUCCGUUACUCUAUGACCCACGGACCGGAUGUAAUCGUCGUGGCUCCGCUUUUGCAUCACUACCAGCGGGCUCACAGUAUUCACAAGUGCACCAUCAAGCAUUGCCCCUUCUGCCCACGUGGACUCUGCACUCCUGAGAAGCACCUGGGGGAUAUCUCAUACCCCUUUGCUUGCCGUAAGAGCUCGUGCUCACACUGUGCUCUACUUUUGCUGCAGUUAACAGCCGGAGGGACCACUACCCCGUCCCCACCACCUAGAGCAUCCGUCACCCACCUGUGUGACCAGUGCCUGUUCACCUCAACCGAUAUCGAUUUGCUUCUGUUGCACUAUGACAGCACCCACGCCCCUCACACCUUACUGGAAGUCAAACCAGAGGGGGAGGGAUUAGGGGAUGGAGAGGCGGGGCCAGGGCGGGACCAUCCCAGAGAUUAUGCCUGCACUAAGUGCCAUUUCUUAACUGAAGUGGAGGAGGAGAUCUUUCGUCACUACAGAAGGGUUCACGGCUGCUGUCGUUGCCGGCACUGUAGUUUCACUGCCGCUGACACCACAGCACUACUGGACCACUUCAACUCCGCCCACUGCCAGGACUCUGCUGACCCAGCUUCCGUCCCUGCCAACGGCUGCUCCGCCCCUUCAACCCUUCGCAUCAAAGAGGAGAGCAAAGGUGAUCUGAAACUCUAUAACCUGGUGCCUCCAGAGGCCAGCCGAGCCGAGGGUGUGAAGAGCGAGGCCCAGGAUGAGAAGGCCUGGGUUGAAGCACUGGUCCCCGGGGGUGGAGGAAUCAGAGGUGGUGAGCAACAUGUGCAGAGCCUGGUUUGGGUGCCCAAAGAACACGCAGGGGAGAUUCUUAGGGGCAGCCCAUCCCCAUUCCCACAAGCAACGUUGGGUCUGCUGAACGCAGUUGCAGCCGGGGUGAAAGACCAGCAGCAACACAAGGGGGCUACGAUGCUUAGAGACUCAUCAGCACUGCUGUUCACCCUCAGCACUGAUGCUAAAAGUUACCUGCCUGGGAUGCCACCGAGCAGUGCAGAGAAAGCCGGACAGUACCCAACCUCUUCAGAGAGUAAAAGUGCCAAGGAAGAGUCCCAGUCACUCUUACGGAGACGGCGGGGUUCGGGGGUCUUCUGUGCCAACUGUCUGACCACCAAGACCUCAUUGUGGAGGAAGAAUGCCAACGGUGGCUACGUGUGCAACGCGUGUGGCCUCUAUCAGAAGCUGCACUCGACCCCCAGACCGCUGAACAUUAUCAAGCAAAACAAUGGUGAGCAGAUCAUCCGUCGGCGGACACGUAAGCGCCUAAACCCCGACCCUGUACCGUCUGAGCAGGUGGGGUCCAAGCAGCAGCGUGUCAACAGUGAGGAACGCCUUAAUGGCAGCCCUUUGGAGAGAAGAACUGAAGAAUCUGGAUCUGAUGGUUCUUUGUCACGGUCUGAGUCCCAAGUCCAGCUUGGAAAAUUCGAGACUUAUGGUUCCUCAGGGACCAAAAGUCACCCGAGUCCCCGCUCCACCCACGCCUUCCUUGUCAACCAGACGCUGGAAAUCCACAAGCGUAUGCCUCCACUGCACAUGCACAAGAGCCCUGCAGAUGGAGGAGCUGAGGCUAAUGGACUUGGUGCUGGACCCCAGGGCAGCGAUGGCAAGGGUGGCUCAGAACGGGGCAGCCCUAUCGAGAAGUAUAUGCGUCCAUCAAAGCAGUCCAGCUACUCUCCUCCCGGGAGCCCCAUCGAGAAAUAUCAGUACCCGUUCUUCAGCCUACCCUUCCUCCACAAUGACCUGCAAAGUGAAACAGACUGGUUGCGCUUCUGGACUAAGUAUAAGAUGUCUGUGCCUGGCAACCCGGGCCACUACCUAGGCCAUGUGGCUGGCCUUCCCAAUCCGUGCCAAAGCUUUGUGCCUUACCCCACCUUCAGCUUACCACCUCAUUUCCCACCUCCACUGACCUCUGGACCUGAGAGUGAUACCCCACUCGACCUGGCCAUCAAGCAUUCCAAACCCAGUCCGACCCCCAAUGGGGCCCUUGUUGCCAAGGAAAAAGUUGCGGAAAAGAAACAGGCAUCACCUGUAUCAGAAAGGGAGAAGGAGAUGGAUCGGCCCAUGGAAGGCGAAGAGGGCUGUUCUGCUUCGCAAGUCUCCAAACCGGAAAAGGUUGAUCAGGCCACACAAGAUGAACUGUCCAGCAAAUGUGCCCACUGUGGCAUUGUCUUCCUGGACGAGGUCCUGUACGCCCUGCACAUGAGUUGCCAUGGUGAUGGUGGGCCCUUCCAGUGCAGUAUCUGCCUGCAUGCUUGCACUGAUAAGUACGAUUUCACAACCCACAUCCAGCGAGGCCUCCACCGGGCAGCCCCUGAGGCAAACGCCAACCCCUCUAACCAAUGAGCUUUAUGGUCUAGUAUACCUGCAGUCCUAGCAUAGCUAGAGCAGUGAGGAACCCAAUGGGAGACUCACCAGUCUAAACCAGUGUACGAAUGAAUACAUUGAACUUUUUGCUCAAAAUGUGCCAAGAUGGAUCAUGGUGCCUAAUCAGCCAAUGUAAGAAACUUCCAUCAGUAUAGCAUUUCUGUGGGAGCUCACAAACACAAAAAGCUAUUAUCUAUUUCCACUUGUAAUGAACAAGAACUGCUUUUGAAGACAUCGGUACAAGUAGCUACUCAAUUUAGAUAUAUUUUCCUUAAUCAAGAUAUGUAAUUUUGACAAGGCAGUUCAGCAAGCAAGGUACAUCUACUCAAAUUUAAUUAUUGCUUUUUUUUAUUGUUGUUGUGUGUGUGUUCAUUGAUUUUUGGAAAGUUCUCUUACUUCAUUCUGAAAAAAAAAAAUGAAAAAAAAAUGAGGAUGUUUCUGCGUUUGUGGUUCAGUGUAGGAAAAUGUGGCAGUUGUCUGUCACUAUGGCAACAGCAUAAAUGACUGUCGUCCUCAAAUAAAACAUCCAGCAUCCUCAGGGAAUGUGUGUGGCUGAAAUAGACAACAUUAGAUUAGUCUUACUGUCUCUCAUUAACAUUAUACUAAAUGUCUGUAGAUUUACUGUUUGUUGUUGUGUUUUUUGGAAGAGAUAGGGUUAGGUAACUCAAGUCACAAUUCCAUCAAAACUUUUAAGCUGCUGCCUUAGUUGCUUGAAUAAAUGCAAUUCUUGUUACUCUAGAAAUUUGGGAAGGAAUUAAAAAACAAAACAAUUUUCUAGGUUGUUAAUAGUAAAAUCAUAUUAUCAGUGCCUGAUAUAUUGUCCAAAGUAUUUUCUACAUGAAAUGUUAAUAUGCAACAUUGAACUUGCAUCUGAAUAAGGGCCCUGAGCUUGGCUCUGAAAAACGUUUACAUUUGCAAAUGUAGCAACACCUGCUAUUUUGACUUAACUUUUUCCACGAAAACAGUAAGACAUAACAUUUUAUUUCUUUUCCUCCAAAGGUGGAACAUUUAACAAAAGUACUAUGUUUUGUUUUUCUCGUCGUCCUUGGCCGCAAAAGGGCACUAUGCAUUCCAAGCGUCGUCCUUUCCUGUUACCUCUCCUUACCAUGUACUUUUGCUUUGUAAAUUAAGUAACUUGUAUUGGACUAAAGUCUUCCUGUAUUUUUCUCCUGUUCCUCUGAUACUUCAGUUCAAGGGAAGCUGAUCAGGCUGUGCUUUAUUUGGUGUUUUUGGGAGCCAAGGCUCUAAAUAAUAAGCAAGUCUAAAUUUAUUCCGUUCCACCUCUAAUUCUCAGAUUAGUUUUCAGUGGUUUUACCAACAGAAAUGCAAUUGAAUUUUUAAAGAAUUUUGUUUAAAGAUUGUGAUGUUGAUGGAACAUAAUUGCAGGUCUUUCUGGUGCCUUUCAAUGGCAGUUGUCUCAAAGAGACAUAACAUUGUUAUUUAUAGUUUGUUUCACCUGGCUGUGCAUUGGUUUAUGCUCCUUUUGCCAUUUUUAUCAUGAGUGGACAACUGUCUACCUGUAAAAAAACAACAAAAAAAAAACACAAAAAAAAAAAAAAACAUCUUAAAUUGUGAGCUCAAAAAUAAUCUCUAAUCAGAAACAUAAUUUAUCAAGUCAACUGCUUGAUAUAUUGUAAAGCCAUGUAUGCAUCUCUUCAGCUUUCCAUUCUGUUUUAAUGGAAAAUAGGCUUUAAAUCAUUUGAACAUCCCUUGACAAAUGUCUUUCUUUUUUGUUUUGUCCACUCAUCUAUGCUUCUACACACUUGCCCCUUUUCAUGGCCAUAUGUUCAAUGAGUUGGGUCUAGUCUGACAUUAUUUAUAUCAAAUGGAAAAAGGGAGAGAGGUUCAGGCUACAAAUGCCUAAUUUGCUCUCUAUGUAUUUCUCUGAAACUAACCUUACAACGCUGCUUAACUUCAAAUGCCUCUUGAAAAAUAACUGAUUAUUAUAAACCAUUGCUUUACACAAGACCAUUUAUACAGUUGGGUAUUAUAUAACUUAAAGAAUUGUUUAUUUUUAUGUUUUGUUUUAUCUCUAAAUGGCCAUUCUUUCUCUUUAAUUUGAAAAUAUGUUCAUGCUUGCACUUCAGUUACUCUGUUUAUUGGAAAGGAAGAAAGAUCAAAUGUGUUAUUAGCAUGCUAAGUACAGGUACUGCAUUAUAAUAAAUAAAAGAGAUCUUGCCUAUUUUUGAAGGUCUUGUGCAAGGCUUUCGCAAUAUUAAAAUACAAGGAGUAUUUGAUGAAGCCUGUAAGCUUGUUUGGCCAAGGUCAAGGCAAAGGGCAUAAAUAUGUAAAUGUUUUAACCAUUAUUCUUAGAAUGUUAUUGUUUUUACACUUGCUGCAUUUAAAGUGCAUAGAUGAUGAUUUAGGAUUUAUUUUUCUUUUUACCUGCCACCUUUGUUUUUAUUUUUGUGUGGUAGGUUUUUACAUGCAAAAAGAUUCAAUAAAGAUGGCAAAGAUGUCUGUUACAUCUAAACUUGAAUAAUAAUAAUAAUGAUGAUGAUGACGAUGAUAAUAAUAAUAAUAAUAAUUAAUACAAUAAUAAAACAUUUUAGCAAUUUGCUGUGUGCGCCUUCACUUAUUGUCUCAUCUGAAAGCAUUUAUCUUAAAUCAUAAUUUUUUUUUUUGUUGUUGUUGUUUUGCAUAAAUACAUCAAAUAAUGGCAUGAAUUGGUAGAGCUUAAUUUUAGCCUAUACUUUUUCUUAGAAUGCAACAAA